AGAUAAACUACGAGCGUCUAUGAUUGAGCCAACCCUUGCCCAGUGCAUGUUUAUCGGCUCCAACUUUCUUUUCUUCCUCUUACUUCCUCCUUGCAGCCUUUUAUAACAAAGAACGCAGCAGAAAGGCCUGGACAGAACAUUAGCUCCACAGACAAAGAUGUCCUCCUCAGCCUCCACUGCACCAUCCGUCCUCCUCAACAAUGGGGUUAGAAUGCCCCUUUUGGGUUUGGGCAUGUACAAAUUGUGGGGUUGGGAGGACGUGCUCCAAGCUGUGGACGCGUCCCUGGCCGCGGGCUACCGGGCCUUCGACAGCGCCGCCGUGUACGGGAAUGAAGCCGACCUGGGUCGCGCCCUCAAAAGUCUCCUGCCAAAAUACGACCUGACCAGAGAGGAUGUAUUCAUCACCAGUAAACUGGGCCCCAAAGAUCAAGGAGAAGGGGCUAUGGAAGGAGCCCUCCACAGCCUGUCCAACCUUGGGAUGGAUUACAUCGACCUCUACCUGAUCCACUGGCCCGGGACUCGCGGCCUGGAUGUGACUGACCAGCGCAACCCAGGCAACAGAGCUCAGAGUUGGGCCGCGCUGGAGGAACUGCACGCCCGAGGGAAACUCAAGGCCAUCGGGGUGUCCAACUACACGCCGUCACACAUGAGAGAGCUCAUGGGCAGCUGUAAGGUCCGGCCCGCGGUGCUGCAGGUGGAGUUCCACCCAUUUGAAUGCCAGGCUGAGCUGAGGCGCGUGUGCCAGGAGUUCGGCGUGUGCUUCCAGGCCUACAGUUCCCUGGGGAGGGGGGAGCUCCUUACAGAACCGCAAGUGCUCCAAGUGGCCGAGUCCUGCCAGCGCACGCCUGCUCAGGUGCUGCUGCGCUGGGCGGUGCAGCAGGACGUCCCCGUGCUCCCCAAGUCGUCCAACCCGGAGCGGAUUCGGGAGAACUGCAGGAUUUUUGACUUCACGCUGAGCGACGGCGACAUGGGCAAACUGUCGGCUUUGAAUCGAGGACAGAGGUUCUGCUGGAAUCCCUCCCAAGUAGUUUGAUGGCAACUGCCAGUGACGGGUUCAAAGUGGAGACUUAACUUACCCUUGUAACAGCAACACUAUCACAUCACAAUUACAAUCAGAAGCCAUCGAUACGACACCAACAGGCAGUAUUAACGACGCGCAGCUCUGCCUUGUGCAUCAUCUGAAAUGACCAAAAAAAAAACAUAAACCCUUUGAAUGAAAUACAGAAUAUUCACCUGAGAUGCUGAAGAUCAAACGUAUGUGCAUAUCGCCACAGAUUUGCUCGUCCAGCUUGCCUGGAACAAGUUUUACUCCGACCAACCAAUCAGAGGACAGGAAAAUGAUGAUGUCAUCAGGGCCCGGAAAUGAAGUUGAACUGAAAUAUGAUUGAUGCAAGAAACUGCCCCCGAGGCCCAAGUUAGGUGGUCCAACAUUUUCUGCUAGUGAUGUGAAGGCCCGGUGCAGAUUAGAUUGGCCCCGGAAACGUGCAAAGGCUGAACUCUGAUUGGACAACAGCAGCACUGCAAUCAAGGAAAAUAAAGACACUUCACAUGAAAUGAA